UACCAUGAUUACACCUAACCAGGAAGAAGAUAACAUCAAUGUAGCCUUGUGGGCGUGAUGAGGUGGACACGAAGGCCGCUUCACAAGAAUCUGAUGAUCCUGUCGAUCUGACAGUCAUGUACAAGUCAGACUGUGUUUGCUUUACCAAUGUUUUUUUGUUGAAGGUGGCAGUGGAACACUUGGACUAAGUUGGAGUGAUUCACCUGCAUAGAAGCCUCAGGGUUUGACUUAUUGCAGUAACUGUAGUGAAGAGAUGUGAGUGUAGUAGUGUGGCCAGUCCAGCCAUUGUGCUCAACAGAGAGAAACGAUCGAUGAAUCAAGUGUCGGGCUUACGAAAACAUACAUGUAUGUACGGUCUGGAUGCUCCGCUCGUAGUUGUGGUCACUGGUCACCUCCUGCUAUUUUACCGAGACAGCUUUGUAGUGGUAAUUUGAACGGUGUGUGCUGAACGAACGAAUUGGGAAGAUGUCGAUCCUGCACAAGCAAUGUAUUUGUCAAAUUUGCAACUGCGGGCGUCACCGCUGUCCGCAUCAGCCAUUGAAGCCACGGUCAGUGUGUCACCUGACCGAAUACCAGACAACGUACACCGGAAACAGAGUACAGCCGCGGGCGUCGUGCAAGCCCAAAGAGCGACCGGUGGGCAACUCGUUCGGCGUCGAGGGCAUCUCAACGCAGCAGCACGACUACCCGGUGCAUCCGCUGUACCCGAGACGGGUGAAGUCGGCCGAGGCGUAUCGCAGGCCGUCGGGUGAAGUGGAGGAGCAGAGCGAGUACAUGCAGCACUACCCGUCGCACGGUGCGGGCCACGCCGCCCAGACACUCUAUCCCAAACACCGGCGUCGCACGACGGCGCCCCUGGAGAGCGUCACCGAGCACUCGAAGAGCUUUGUAGCGUGGCCUCUGGAGAGGCGCAAGACGGCAGCGCCACCCACUACGCGCAUUGCCUCUUCCGUGCCCAUGGACCUGGAAACGACAACUGGCCAGACAUACCAGCAUAGGAAAGUUCAGCCUCGCGAAAGCAUGAAACCCAAGGAGCCGGAGCGUGAAUCUCUACCCAUGCACUCUGAAACUACGCACGGCGCAGAUUUUGGCCCGAAGGAUUUACCGGAUCGGGGGCCGCAGAGAGGCAAGGAUCAGUACCGCGCUUCAAAGCACCCUCUGGAGAACACAUCAACAAGCAUGGAUGCUUUCCGAAAGCACAGUGGUGAUCAGAGGGCAAAGAGCUGCAAGCCUCGGCCGGAAGCAGCGGCAGAGCGACCUCCGCUGGAUACUAACACUACUCACAGCACAGCCUUUCAUGCGUGGAGAGCGAAUCCACCGGCACCAAAGCCAGCACGGCGGUACGUUGCACCCAAAGGUGAGAUGGAGAGCAGAACUACGCAUCAGCUAGUCUAUCACGAACACGGCCAACGCGAGCCUGAGCGUGCAAGACGACCUGCGUCGCGAUUGCGCACGCGCUCCGAACCGUUGCUGACAGAGACCACGCACGCAGCAAAUUAUAAACAGUGGCAUGUCAAGCCGGAGAGACCAUACCAUCCGAGCGCACGCGUCCCGCCGGCAGAGUUCCAGGGAACGACAGAAUUCCAAGAAUCGUUUGUUGGACGACAGACAACGCCCGUGACUAGCUUCAAGCCUGCCCCGAAGAUGCAUAGCCAAGGUGAGUUUGAGUUUAGCACAGGCUACCAACAAGACUUUCAGCAGAAGGUGGUACCACCUUGUCCGGCUGUUGGUCUGCAACUUCGGCCAAACUCUGCUUCGCAGGCACGGGACCUGAGUGGGACAUUGCGCUUCUCCCAUGCCACGCAGAGCGGCCAUCACUUCUUUACCCCAGCUACCGGUAAUACCCAGCUCUAGGUGUAGAGAGCAUUGCCUUGGGAGGGUAAGCUCAACGAGUGCAUUAAUCCGGUGGUUGUUUGAAAACAGCUGGCAUGGUCACAUAUAGCACAUUCGAGCAAUGGGCAAUGUGUCAUGUGCUCCUGCCCAUACUCCUCGAUCAGCUAGCUCCGUUACAGACAGAUCAUACGCGUGCAUGCCCGAUUGACUUCGACGUACUAAGAACAGCACGCCCAGUCUCGCUUGCUAAUGUUUCAAUGUGUGUCGUGUGCAUUAUAUGUACGAUUCUUUUGGCAUUGUACACAAACAGUUGAAGAAAGUACAUAGUAGAGUACAAUCCAGUAUCACUUUGAAGUGAACAGAGUCUCAUGCAAUUUGUCAUGCAGUGGUAUGUAGCUGGCAUGAACUGGUAUUGGUGCAUCUUUGUUCCUACUAGUUAUCUCUUUCCUUUCUUUUUAAAACACUGCAUCUGUCAAAGCCUAGCCAUGGAUGUUCAUGGUAAAGCGGGUGUUUUGAAGUGAAAACCGGUCUAAUUUUCCUGUAUCUGGCUCAUACAAAUUCUUCAUGUGUAUGUCUCCCACUUCAGUCAUAUGGAAGCAUAGUCCAUGCGUUUUGUACAUUUUUUUGGUUCCCAAACAAACAAAUUAUUUAGGUGGCAAAACAUACCGUGUUACAUAAAUCCUUGAAUUACCCCCCGUAAUUCAAGGAUUCGCUAUUACUUGUGCCUUCAAUUGUGCGUGCGUGUGGAUCUUGUUUGUGUGGGUGUCGUGCAUGCAAUGCCUUUUUGAUAGCUACCUUCUCAUA